CUGGUCGGAGAAGUCGGCGAAGCCGAGUCUAAGCCCGACGGCACGGUACAUCGAGAGAAACGUGUUCGAGAGCGAGCGACGCCGAAUUAAGAGUUUCGGUACGCACACGUGCACGCGCGCAUAUUACCCACACACACGAGAGGCUACGUUGCCCGGCCUGUGCCUACCCAGGAACAAUCGCGGAUACAUUCGCGUGUGUAUACCGGUCAGGUGCGCGAUACCGUAGCCGUAGUGGAAGCCCGGUACGGUCCAGAGUUUGGCAAGCUGAUCGAGUCGGUAUCGAUACAUUGCGGUGAUCGCAUCGAUCCAGGAUGAUCGUCCUCGCGUGGUCCUUGUUCGUCGUGGUCUCGUUGCUCAUCACGACCAACCAAGCCUUCCUCGCUGCGCCUUUACCAGUUCACGGAAUGUCGAGUUACGAUGUCACUGGAGCUCAGCGACGAUUAGAGAGCAAUGAGGUGAUUCAUAAGGCAAACAACAACCGCGGCCAAUCAGACGAUUUGACAAACGAUGAUCACGACGAGCAGACGGUAUACGUAAUCGAGUUUGAAUCGGAAUCGAACGAAAAGGAGGCGAAUCUGCCGAGCAAAGAAAACGACACGGAUGCUGUCGACGAAGACGGUAACAAUACUUUGGAUCCGUGGUCGAUCGUUUGGUACAUUGGCUCGUUCGGUGGUUUGGUGGCCUUUUUCCUGAUAGUAAGCUGCUCGGAAUGGUGUUGUCGUCGCGGGGGACGCCCGUUGACGGUGCCCUACGCUCAACGGGCGGAAGUCAUCAACGGCGGGCAAGUCGUCACCGAGACACCGCCACCGCCUUAUCAUCUCUUUGCUCCGCCGCCGUACGAUUCCGUGAACUACGGGGAGAUCGUCGACAAGACUUCCGGUGAGAAGGUGGACAUUUACGUGAUAUCGGUGCCGAUUCACAGGCCGGUGGUGCAGGUACCAGCCUAGAGGUGUCCCAGAAGACGACCUCGAGGAGAGGAUUCGGACAAAUCGAUAUCGAACGACACCGACCGUGUCGAAAUCUGUUGGCAAUCGUUCCCUGGACGGUUACGAUAGAAACGAAUCGGUAAGAGGACCGGCAAUGUCGCGUCUCUUCCGAAGAAGCGAUCUGCUGAAAAAAAUGAGGUCCAGGUGGCUCGAACCAGGUCGUUGUAUUUGACAAUCGUCUGUCGAUCCGUGUCGCUGUUCUUUAAUUAGAAGAACGGAUCAAGGAAACGCGCAAGACGAGCACGAGAUGCUUGAACAUCGAGGACACCGGGAAACGUCGGGUUUGAGACCUGUAAAAACCAAUAGUCGAGUGUAUUAACGAGAGAACGAUCGAUGUUCUCGAUAAAUGCAAGACGAAGAAUCGUUCGAGACCGGUUUUCCGAUCGAACUGUUGUGACGUUUAAACUCGAGGGGGAAAACGAAGUUCUCGUGGAACGAGAAACGCAACGAAGCUUCUCUGCGACGAACCGAUAGGAAAUCGAAGGGGACACCGAACUUGAAGAACGGGGGGGAUAGCUGAUGAGAACGGUGUUGUAUCUGUUUUGGGUGCGAAUGGGAGGAAUAAUGGUACAGUUUCUACGGACACUAGCGUGGAACGAAGAAACGAUCACAUUGUACUUUAAACGAUUGAACUCGAGCGAUGUUCUUUGUGAUAUUUUUCGUGGAACGAGCCGAAGUGGUCGAGCAUUUAAACGAGCGCUUCUAACGCGAAUCCGUUGUUACGGAUAUUCGAGCGAGGGUAUAUCAAAGUAAUAGCAAACUGUGAAAAAUUACACGGAAAAAAGAAAUGUGCACCGUCGUCGAGCUUCGAAGACUGGGAUCAAUUUCGAUGUACGGGGAGCCACGAAUUUCUUUUUAACAACCGAUUCAUUCGAUCACUGCCUUGUCAGACAAAUUAUCGAUAUUCUAUCUUUCCAGCUUUUGACACGAUGUCUAUUCGCAUUCCGGUUUGUGGUAGUCGAUCGCAAACGGAAACUGCCAUAUUUUCGUACAUCGCGUCGUUAUCUUUAAAACACUGCGUGUCGAAUUGGACAUUCUUGUAUUGUAUGAUGUUAUUCUAAAAGAAUUUUGAAGGAGCAACGCACAAGUGACUUUAACCGGGGAUAACGUUUUAUUCGAACCUUGUUUAAGAUCGCGGGAAUAACAUUUUUGUACGGUUCUUAUUUAAUAGUGAAACAGUUGCGUGUAGCGUGAAUCCAAAUUAUGGGACCUUCCGUCGUAAACGAUAACUGAUUAUUCAAUAUACUGCUUAAAAUAACGAAAUGGUCAGUCGAAUGACUUUUAUAUCUUAGUAAACUGUCCAAUACUUUAAACAUUCAACCAGGUUGUAUAAGUUAAACAACAAUUUGAUUUAUUUUCCUGAAGUAUCUCGAAACGAUAUUGCCCUACUAUAUCAUGUCCAUAAACACGAUCUCCUAAUUAUUGUAAGCAGUAUACCUAAUUUAUAAUAUGCGUUUAUACAUGCGUUUUAGACGAAUGAGAUUCGUUCGAAGAUACAGCUUCGUUGAUUUGCAUUACAGCUAUCGUAGGCAAUUAAAGUGUUCAAAUGUUUACAAUGAAAAAAAAAAAGAAAUGAAAGAAACGUGAUAUGUAAAAAACAUUAAUUUAAUAUUAGUUUAAAAUUGUAUUAAUCGACGAAUAACAUUGAAAAUAUAAUUGUAACAUAACUGAACAUGCCUAACGAUGCUGUGCCUUCAUCACAAGAAUAUUACGUUGUUAUUAAACGAAGAUAAAAUAAUUCAUAGUUGUAAAUUACGUAACAUUGUGUAACAAUGUAAUACGUUUUACAACCUGAAUUAUUUUAUCGAACGAACACGUGCGCGAGAAGUUCGAAUAAUCACCAAUAUUGCUACACGCGAUUGACCCCAAUCGCGUUCGUUCCAAGUCCGACAAUUGCGGACGAUUAUACAUAUGUAGAUCACAAGUUGAUCGCCGUAAAAAGAAUUUAACUAAAGGGGGUCGCGAAAAUUGUCUGGACCGUAAUUUCACGUCUCGAGAAAGACAUUAAACACGUUAUUGGCAUGUAUUCCUCGGACUAUACACACGUAGCUUAAGCGACAUUUUGUGAAAAAUGAAACGCGAAGUAUUUUCUUACAGAAAUUCACAUUUUCGUAACACGAAAACGAUAUCUUAAACGUAUCCAUACGUCUUGUUUGCAAUACGACUUCGCGGUUGUGCAGAUUAAUCGAACAAACGUACGGCGAAAUUGUUCAAAACGAGCGCCGUGCGCUCUGUAAGUAGAAAAUAACUAAUAUGCACAGAGUGUCUUGUAAUUUGGAGUACAAACGAACAAAAAUUGACUGCUUGUUCGUACGUAAGUCAAAAGUAUGCAGUAAAAUUUUCUAACGCGAGAUUUCGUUAAAAAAAAAAAAAACGAUUCAACUUUUUUUUUUUUUAAACAAAACCCCCUCGUGCAGGGAAAUUUCUUUCUGCGCAUUCGACUCGUUUUUGAUAUCGUGAAUUUAGAGACACCCUCUAUUUACAAUUCACAAGAAAUGCUUCUUCCUUUCUUAUUUAAAUAUAGGACGUCAGGUUCGCUGUAAAUCGAACAGAAACAAUUAAUAUUUUUAAAAGACAUUAAACAAAUGUUACAGGAAAAUGCUCGAAACGCAAAUUAGGACGUUGAAUUUAGUUUUUAUUUGUCGUCGCAUUGAUCUCCACCGUUUAAUUUUAACAGAUGAUUAUUGAUCAAAUGGUAGAAAGAGACGAGUGUGCGAGCGCAUGUAUGAACAAAAUGUCUGCGAAUGUUAAAGAAAUUUAUCGUAAAAUUAAGUACAAUGUCAAUUAUAAUAAUUAUUAUUAUUAUUAUUGUUAUUUGUCACUAGUGAUGUUAUUAUCAUUGUACUCCGUAAAUCGCAUUCUUGACGACGAUGGGAAUGCUUUACGAUGAAUUUACUCUCAUUAAGACUUGCAGAGUUGCAGCGUCGUCGCUAUUUAUUUUUUAUACUUUUAUACAUACCGUUUAUACGUAUUUGAAUGUCUCUACGUUCCCAAUAAAAUUUCUUUUCU